AUGGUUUUUGUUCUAAGCUUCUCUCAAAGCCCCCUUUUGUGCAAGCCAUCAUUUCAGGUCAAGUGCUGCUCACAGUCUCAGAACAAAGCAGACACAUUCCAUAUUCAAACAAAGAAAAGGUGUUUGAGAUGCAACAUCCUUUACUCAGGUCAAGAUAAUUCUCCUAUUGCUUGCUCCUUCCACGGCCACACCAAUGGAGAUAAAGGUCUAUUUUCACUGGCUCCACCACACCAAGGAAUUGAUGGGGAUUGGAGUGAAAAAUCUGGAGUAAUUGUGUACAAAUGGAAUGAAAAGAAUAACAGACCAAACACUGGCCGUGCCAAUUGGAAGAAAAGAUGGAGUUGCUGUGCUGAGUAUGAUGAAAAAGCUCCACCUUGUAGACUUGGCUUCCAUGUUUCCUAUGAUGAUGGUUAUACUUUGUAUUAG